AUGGAUUUCUACACCUUUGCUUGGACCAUUGUAUGUGUAUCUCUCAUAAUAUUCAAUAUUUCUUGGUUAUGGCUUAGAAAAAAGUCCCAAAACAGAACCAAUAGGCUCCCUCCUGGCCCCCCAAGAUGGCCCAUUGUUGGCAACCUUCUCCAACUGGGCCAGUUGCCUCACAGAGACCUAGCUUCCUUCUGUGAGAAAUACGGGCCUUUGGUCUACCUCCGACUCGGCACUGUCGACGCCAUCACCACCAAUGACCCUGAAAUCAUACGUGAAAUACUUCUUCGGCAAGAUGACAUCUUCGCCUCCCGGCCACGGACACUCGCCGCAGUCCAUCUCGCCUACGGCUGUGGGGAUGUUGCAUUGGCUCCUCUAGGGCCGAAGUGGAAGCGAAUGAGAAGAAUUUGCAUGGAGCAACUAUUAACAACAAAGAGACUCGAGUCCUUUGCAAAGCAUAGGACCGAAGAAGCCCAUCAUCUUGUUAAAGAUGUAUGGGCCAGGGCCCAUACUGGAGAGGCACUGAAUUUGAGGGAAGCUUUGGGUGGGUUUUCAAUGAACAAUGUGACAAGAAUGUUGCUUGGGAAGCAGUAUUUCGGGUCGGAAACGGCAGGCCCACAGGAGGCCCUGGAGUUCAUGCACAUAACCCAUGAGUUGUUUUGGCUUCUGGGAUUGAUUUAUUUGGGUGAUUAUCUGCCAUUUUGGAGGUGGUUGGAUCCUUAUGGAUGUGAAAAGAAAAUGAGGGAGGUGGAGAAGAGGGUAGAUGAUUUUCACAUGAAAAUCAUUGAAGAACAUAGAAAGAGAAAGGAAACAGAAGGAGUGAAAUGUGAUGGAGAUUUGGAUUUUGUUGAUAUUUUGUUAACUUUGCCGGGGGAAGAUGGGAAAGAGCAUAUGAAUGAUAUUGAGAUUAAAGCCCUAAUUCAG